CAACUUUUGAUUUUUUCUGUGGUUGUUGUUGUGUUGUUCCACCCACCCACCCUUCCAAGCCAAGCAACGUCGAGGGUGGAGACGUUUCCCCUUUCCCUUCCCUGUGUCAGCGUCGUCUUGUGCUUCCUUCUUGAUUGGUGGCCAUCGCAUCGAGCGAUAUCUUGCUUUUCUUUGGUGCACGUUAGCUUGGCUCACCGACGCAGGCCAAGCAGAGGCAGGCACGUGUUCUCGUUGUCCAGUGCUCUGCUUGCAGGCACCAGAACGGAGGUUUUGCGUGGCCGCGACGACGUUGCUUUUUUCGUUGUCGUUACAGCAUCACGCAGCGGCGCUUCCCCGAAACAAUGAGGCUGGUUGGCCCAUCGCGGGGCUGCAUCCUCGCCUUGUCGUUGCUGGUUGUUGUGGUUUGUCUCGUUACGACCACAGCCGCAACAGGCUUGUUCCCGUCCAUUGAAAACGCCGCGCGAGACAAGCCCGUGAGCGUGACGUCAAGCUGUGGGUUUGACGGCGACAUCAACUCCUUCUGUGACCCAACUGAUGAUGGCGUCACCGCUGCAAACGCCUGCAAUGGACAGGCUGCGAUGGUCUGCAAUGCCACCUGCCCCUACGGCAGUGCUGCGCCACAGCAAUACGACUUGCUGGACCCCGACACCAUCUCCUACUUUGAGGAUGUCACUUUCCGGCCAAACUCCAUCGAGCUGGGAGCGACAAGCCAGCUGCUCAUCCUGUCGUCUUCGGCCGCGUUUCCGCCAGCGUCCUCCGCUGCCACCGGCCUUACGCUUGCAGCUCGCAUUCGCACCACGCAGCAGCAGCGCACGUGCGUUGUCUCCAAGAGUGCAUCGGGCUCGCCCGUGUUCUCGCUGUGCCUGCGGGGCGCAGACAACGUGCUGGAGUUCACUGCAGGCAGCGAUGUCACCAGCUUCAACCACACGGGCUCUGGGCCUGUCGUGGACGGCGCAUGGCAUCACAUUGCCGUGAUCGUGCUCCAAGACCAGGCCAGGUUCUACAUCGAUGGCUUGCUUGCAGGCACCGAGAGUGCCACUUUCCCGUCCGAUGUCAAUUCCGGCAGCAUCGUCGUUGGCCAGGGAUUCAGCGCUGCUGAUGUGUUCAUCGGAGAGCUGGGCGGCGUGUAUGUGUACGCGCGGGCAGUGGAAAUAUACGACAUUUGCACCCUUGCAGGAACAUCGCCGUGCCAGCAGCCAACGCCAGACGACGGCUGCCGCUGCCCUGCUUCCCACCCCAUCACCGCCGACGACAACGCCAACCAAUGCGUCGCAACAUUUGCUGCGUCUGGACCGCGUGUGCAGCGAACAAACAUAUUCAGCUAUGGUGCCUCGGCUGCGGUGGACUCGAGUGCGGCAACGUACUGGCGCUCGGGCAGGAACGACAGCCCCGUCAACGUCACCCUCGACCUGCAAGGGCUGUACGAGUUUAUGCGCUUGGAAGUGAGCUUUGUGUCCGACCGGCCACACUCCAUGGUCGUCGAGCGCUCCGCCGAUGGCGGCAGCACCUUCAGCGCCUAUCGCUACGUCUCGCGGGAUUGCCCCUCCGCCUUUGGGCUGCCAACCCUCUCGCCAAACGAUGCCGCAAGCCCUGAUCAGGUCAUCUGCACCCUCAUGCCGGACGGGCCUGGUGCUGUGGACUUCAUCCUGUUUGAGCAAGGCAAUCUCCCCGAGUACCUGCCAGCAGAUUUGGCCGACGUCCUUUUUCCCUUCUCCCAAGUUACCCACGUCCGCUUUCACAUCACCCAGCUCGCAGGCACGUACGAUGAACAGCCUGGUGAUCCUGCGUUGCGGGACAGCUAUGUUGCCAUCUCGGAUGUGACUGUGACGGCACGCGUGCUGUGCAACGGACACGCUGACAGCACACGCAUUGCGGAGCGAAACCGCCGCCCCUUUGAGAUCUGCGACAUGUGUGCCCACAACACCCAGGGCGACCAGUGCGGCCAAUGCGCACCGCUCUUCAACAACGCCCCGUUUGCCCGCGGCACGGGCUUUGAGACCAACGCGUGUGACAUGUGCGAGUGCAACGGUCACGCCAGCGCGUGCGCCUUCAACGCCACCCUCAACACGGGCAUCUGCAGCGACUGCGACAGCCAAACCGCUGGCGACAACUGUGACACGUGCGAUGUCGGCUACUACCGCGCAGCUGGUGUGUCUGCCGACGCCACGAACCCAUGCCAGCCGUGCUCCCACUGCAACGCCAACGGCGUGGACCCGAGCAUUGUGUGUGUGCCCGACCCCAUUCAGGGCGAUGCAGGCACGUGCGCGUGUGUCUCGCCGUACAUCGGCAGCACAUGUACCGCAUGCAUCGACACGUUCUUCUUCAACGCCAGCACCAGCACGUGCCAGGCGUGCGCGUGUGAUGACGACGGCGCCAGCGAGGCACGCACCUGCGACGCGCAGGGCGUGUGUACGUGCAAGGCGGGCUACACCGGCGACAAGUGCGAUGCUUGUGCAGACGGCUUCUACCGUUCCGCUGCCAGCGGGCUGUGUGUCGCCUGUGCCUGCAACACAGCCGGCACAGAGCAGGGCACUGCGGUGUGCGAUAAGGCCACUGGCCAGUGCCCAUGCACAUCCACGCACACGAGCCGUGACUGCGGCGAGUGCGUCGACAGCUACUAUCUUCUGCCCAAUCAAACAUGCGCAGCGUGUAGCUGCUUUGCAGAUGGCUCUGUGUCGUCGUCCUGUGACAGCGACGGCGUGUGCAUGUGCGUGCAAGGCGGCGACUACGUGGGUGACAAGUGUGACGUGUGCCGCCCAGGUCUUACAGCGAACAUCAUUCGUCAGUGUGCAGACGCCACUGGCGACGUCAUGUUCGUGGUGGACGUGAGUGAGGGCGUGAGUGAGACCAUGUUGCAGGCGGUGCGGCAGUUCCUCAGCAACACCAUCAGCGCGCUUGGGGUCGGGGAGACUGCAACACGUGUCGGUGUUGUGCAGUACGCAUCUGGGGCUGCCAUCGCCUCCGACCUCAACGACCACUUCACCGUCGCUGAGCUGCAGCAGGUUGUCAGCAACCUUGCGCUCACGGACACGGCGCCGCUGCUUGGCGGUGCACUGAAUGUGGCGCGCUCUGUGCUGCGCAGCUCCGUGCAGGGCGGGCGCACCACAGCCCCAGACACCGUGGUUGUUGUCACCGCAACGACAAGUGAGGACAGCGUGAACACAGCAGCCAGCAUUCUGGAGGCAGAGGGCGUCAACGUCAUUGUUGUCGGUGUUGGGGCUGGCAUAUCUCUGUCCCAGCUGCAAGCAGUCGUGUCAGAUGCAGACAACCUCCACCUCACCGCUAACGCUACCUUGCUCGCGGCGGUGGACCUUGAUCUCGAACUGACCUCGGCACUCUGCAACUCCCUGCAAGAGCUGCAAAUUGGGUGUCGCGCGUGUGAUUGCGAUGCACGGGGCACCGUUGUCAACACCGUCUGUGAUGCAGCAACUGGCCAGUGCGUCUGCAAGGAUAGAACAACAGGCGCGCGUUGUGAUCGGUGCAAGGAUGGGUAUGCCGGCCUGACUGCGGAGUAUGCACUCGCGUGCAGCGGCCUGCCAUCUGCUGUGAAUUCCACGGAAGUUUCGCUUGCUGGGGAUCAAGCCGUGUUGGUGUCGUGGACAGCGCCCACGGAUCCAAACGGAAUUGUCGAGCAGUACACCGUGCGCAGAAACGGACUUGUCGUGAUCAAAGUGGAUGGCAAUGUCUACACCUACCGCGACGAAGACCUCCAGCCUGGGGACACGUACACAUACACUGUGGCUGCUACCACGCCUGCGGGCGAGGGCCCUGAAAGCGCACUCGUUCUCAUUCGCAUCCCGGACACGCAGCCGGAAGGCCUGGCAGCGCCCUCUGUCACGGAGGUCACCCCCUUUGAGCUCAGCGUGAGCUGGUCGCCACCAUCGUCACCAAAUGGCAUCAUCGUCGGCUACACGCUGCUUGUGAAUGGGGCGCGCACAAGUGUUGGCAUCAGCACCAGCCACACCUUGGCUGUGUACGCCUUUACCACGUACAGCAUUGCUGUGGAAGCGUGCAACUCUGAAGCAUGUGCCGUGAGCAAUGCCACCAGCAUCACCACGAGCCCUGCUGGCGUGCAAGGCCAAGGUGCACCGACACUGACGGCAACAUCCCCACGCGCUCUCAGCAUUUCGUGGUCACCUCCAACCGCGCUCAACGGAGACCUGCAAAACUACCGCGUUGAGCUGCAGCAGGUGCCAGGGGGCGAUGUUGCUGUCGUGUUCACGGGCACUGAUACUGAGACGACGGUCAGCGGCCUGCUGCCGUUCACAACGUACCGUGCGCGCGUCACCACGUCAAACGUGCAAACGACUGAAUCUGCAACUAGCCCUUGGACCAACACCACGCUUCCACCCGCAGCCCCCGAAGGUGUUGCACCACCAAGUCUCGUGAGACUGCAAGCACGCACGGCAAUCGUGCGGCUCGCACCACCUGCGCAACCCAACGGUAUCACCGAGUCGUACACGCUCGUGCUGAACGGCACCGAUGUUGACACCGCACAAGCCGCCGGGAACCGCACGCUCUCGUCGCUUCUCCCAUACACCACGUACUCGCUCGUCGUACGCGUCUGUACAGAGGAUGCUGGGUGCACGACGUCGUCAGCGCUCGUGUUCACCACGGUGGAGGACGUGCCUGAAGGCUUGACUGCGCCAACUGUGGCUGCGCUGUCACCAACACGUGUGCGUGUCACCUGGUCUCGCCCGACGCAGCCCAACGGCGAGAUCACACGCUAUGACGUGCAGCGCGUGCACACGCCGAUGGACGGCUCGUCACCGGAAACAACCACCACCACUACCAUCACGGAGGGACUGGGUGCUGCAUCGCUUGAGAUUGAGGAUGAUGUGUCGCCCUAUGAGCGGUACACAUACUCCAUCAUCGCCUUCACCUCGGCAGGUUCAGCUGCCAGUGAUCCAACCAGCAUCACGACGCCCGAAGCAGUGCCAACUGGGCUCGCCCCACCUGUUGUUUCCGACAUUGCUUUCACGUCCGCUAUCGUGUCCUGGUCUGCACCCACCUCCCCCAACGGAGCGCUCGUGCAAUAUCACUUGCUGCUGCGGGAAGAGGGCGAUACCACGGAUGAGAUCGUGGCGGAAGGCCUGGGCACCAACGCUUCGCUGACUCUGCUCACCCCUUACACCGGCUAUCGCGUGCGCGUGCGAUUUGUCAACUCGGUUGGCGUCGUCACCUCAGAUUUCACAGACUUUGAAACGCUGCAAGCAGCGCCGGACGGCUUCUCGCCACCUCAAGUUGUGUCAACGACGUCGUCAUCACUGACCAUUCAGUGGCCGGCACCAGCAACGCCAAAUGGGGUUAUCGCCCGCUACAUCGUUCAUGUUGAUGCCCGCACCAUCGAGACGGCACCGACACUGCGCCAGGUCACGGUGACUGAUCUGCUGCCAAAUCAGGUGUACUCCGUGUUCGUGGAGGCGUGCACCGAGGCCGCCUGUACAAGUAGCGCUUCCAUCACAGGAACCACAGACAAACGAGCGCCUGCUGAGCCCGAAGCGCCACAAGCGACGCCGCUCGAUCCCACAACCAUUCUCGUGCGCUGGGCGGCACCAUCGUCGCCAAACCAGCCCCUCACCCAUUAUGAACUCUAUCGUAACGGUUUCGUCGUGUUCACUGGGCUGAACACAACGUUUACGGACGAGGGCUUGACCCCUGGCACGAGCUAUGCGUAUGCUGUUGUUGCCUACAACGAUGCUGGCGGCUCCACCAGCCCAAGCACGGUCGCUGAGACUCCCGAGGAUACGCCUGCGGGCAUUGCGCCGCCAACCCUGAGCGCCCUCUCGUCCACGUCCAUCUCCGCCACUUGGACGUCGCCGAGUGUUCCGAACGGCAUUGUCAUCUCGUAUGCGCUGAUUGACCUCGACACGUCUGAGACGGUGUGCACGGGCGAUGCGGCCCUGCGCUCGUGUGUUGUGAGUGAACUCAGCAUCUACACGCUGUACACCUUCCAGGUGCAAGCGUGCACGGCAUCUGGCUGCGGGUUGAGUGCAGACGCCAGUGUUCGCACGAACGCUGCCCCUCCAGUUGGCCUCGCCCUUCCAUCCCUGAGCGCCGUCAACGCGACCAGCGUCUCUGUGUCGUGGAUGCCGCCCACUAGCCCCAACGGCCCCGUUGUCGCGUACCAGCUCUGGGUUGCAGCGCACUUUGUGCAAACCCCAAGUGGUAUGUCCAUGUCGCUGCCCUCAAACGGAAGCAGCACAACAACGAUGACAUCCACCGCCACGACAACCGCUGCACAAACGACAACAGCUUCCACAAUGGGCGGAACAACAACACCUGUUGUGUCCACGCAGAGCGGGCCGACGAUGCUGAAUCUUCUCGAUCCAGGCAACGUCAACGGCACUGCGGUGCAGAACGCAGACGGGAGCUGGACGUUUGCCGAUGACGCUUUUCUGCAGCUGCUGUCGCAUGGCAUGCGCAUCACGUCUCGCUUCUCCAUCGCUUUUGACAUGCAACAGACGCCAGGCAACUCGGGCUACUACCUCGCCAAGUCAGACGCCCUCGGCCGCAGGUUCUUCAGUCUGUACAACACGGCGACGAGUCAGCAGCUGUAUUUUGUGUACCGUGUGCCUGGAGCAACCGACAUUCGGUUCACACGGUUCACGACCAAUCUCAACGAUGGCAACAGGCACAAGGUGCUUGUGAGCGUGAACGGCCAGUCAAUCACGGUGACUGUCGAUGGAAGCGUUGUUGGCACCAAUACGCUUGAUGCCGAGGUCGAUGACUGCGGUGCUGCCUCGGAUGAUUGCAUCUUCUUCAUGGGCCAAAAGGCAUCGCUGACAGGUGACACCCUCAACUUUGACGGCACCAUGUUUGCUGCCGCUCUGUUCCCGGACUCUGCACUGACCGAGUUCCCUCAGCUCGAAAUUGUGCAGCCCGGCGGAGAUGUGGUGUCGACAUCCUCCACAACCACAACCACGACCACGACCACACCAGCGCCACAGACGACAACGUCACCAGCACCAUCGACGCCGGUAGCAGCCACCCCUGCAUCCGCACUUGACCUGCCUGCCUACCUGGUGUAUGAGGGCUUGGAUACGACACGUGUCGUGACAGGUGUGCGGCCCUAUUCGCAGUUUAUCGCGUUUGUUCGCGUCAUCAACACGGCUGGCUCUGUCGACUCGAGCCUGCGGGCAACCAUCACACCACAGGACGCCCCAGGCCGCGUGUCCGCGCCCAACGCGACGGCCAUCAGUGCCAGUGCUGCAUUGAUUGAGUGGAGCGCACCGGAGUUUGCCAAUGGAAUCAUCACCCAAUACCAGAUUCGCGUGCGUGCUGCUGGCAACCAAGGCCGCGGCUCCGCUGUUUUCACCGGCUUUGCGUUCUCGCACAUUGCAACGAAUUUGGACCCGGCAACCAGCUACGAAGCCCAGCUCAUCGUAUCCACCAGUGCUGGCAGCACAGCGUCUGCUUGGACAGCCUUCACCACCCGCGAAGCACUCCCGACUGGGCUGGCUGACCCCGUGCUCAGCGACAUUCAGGCCACCAGCGCCCGCGUUUCCUGGUCACCACCUUCGUCUCCAAACGGUGAGAUUACCCGCUAUCUGCUGCUGGUGGAUGGCACAACCGUCUUCAAUGGAAACACUCUGGAGACGACGUUGUCCUCGCUCUCGCCAGGCACAAGCUAUGAUGUGCAGCUGCAAGCGUGCAACACGCUUGGGUGCACCUCUAGCACCGCCACCUUGUACACCCGCGAAACAGCGCCUGGGGGUCUCGCAACACCUAUCAUUGCGAGCGUGCAGGCACGCGCCAUCACCCUUGCCUGGCAACCACCAACGUCGCCCAAUGGGCAGGUGUCGUACGUUGUGCAGCGGCGCGAGUUGACUGGGGACGAAAACAGCCCAACGCCACUGGCAACACAGAACAUUACGGAACCCACCACUGACACAUCGCUUGUGGACACCAAUGUCUCCCCCUUUACCCAAUAUGAGUAUCGCAUCGCAGCCUUCACCACGGGCGGCACAACGCUGUCUGGUUGGGUUGCCGUGCGCACGAGCGAGGCUGCGCCCGAAGGCAUUGCACCACCGACUGUCAUUGCAACUGCACCCAGGAGCCUGGCCGUGACGUUUGCACCACCAGCAACGCCAAACGGCGUCGUGACGAGCAUGCGCAUUGUCGUCAGCGCCGCUUCCGGCACCGUGCUGACGGUGGAUGCCACGGGAACACGCUCCCUCAACAUCACCGACUCUGAUGCGCUGUCUGCAUACACAACCUAUGACGUCGCUUUGGAGGCGUGUACGGAUGCCGGUUGCUCAACGUCGCAGCCCUCCCAAGUGGCCACCCCCGAAGACGACCCUGUGGACUUGGCUCAGCCUGUUGUGACGACAAUCAACUCCAGCGCGUUCCAGAUCAACUGGCUGCCGCCAUCACAGCCCAACGGCAUUAUCACCACGUACAUUCUCAUCAUCGGUCGCGUAACGGGCCCGCCGGCCAUCGUAUCGCUCAACGGCGACGUGCUUUCCUAUGUGUUUGCGGAUCCGGCGUUUGUUCAGCCUUACACCGUGUACCAGUUCCUCUUGCAGGCGUGCAAUUCUAUCUCUUGCGUGACAAGCUUGAGUGUGGACGCACGCUCCGGCGAGGUGCCACCAUCGGGCCUUGCAUCGCCCACACUCGUCGCCCUGUCCAACGGCGACGUCAGCGUGUCAUGGGCGCCGCCAGAGAACGCAAAUGGCCAAAUCACAGAGUACAUUGUGUUCCAGCAGCAAGGGUCUUCCUCCCUUGCUCGCCGCCGCCGCGCUGCUGGCAACUCCACCGUGCCCGUGUCAUCCACAGCAACAGCAGCGACAACAGUGACAACCCCGCCUGGUGCUGGUGGCUCAACGUCCUCCACACCCCCGCUCGACCCCAUCAGUUCCACAUCAACCACAACGGCGCAAAUGAGCCCCGUGACCUCCUCGUCCUCCACAGCGACCACGGCUGCCCCAACGACGCCACUGUCUUCGAUGCCACUGCCGUCCACGGUACCUGCCGCGGCGACCACAGGAGCAGGUCCAAUUGCUUCAUCGAGUGCUCCAGCGGCAUCCACAUCCACGAGCACAUCGCUGCCACCAGCGACGACCGUGCAGCAAACCGUUCGCAUGGCGGGCGUGUCUGCGGCGGACGUGCCACUUCCGCUUGUGGAGCAGGUGUAUCUGGAUGCACUGGACGCCAAAGCACAGGAGGUCACCGCUGAGCUGAAGGACUCGAACUCCACUCUUCUUCGCCGCCGACGCCGGCGACGACGUGCCACACAGGAAGGCGAGGCAGUGCUUGUUGUUGUGACAGCGACAGUACCGCGUUUGGAUGACGUGAGCGACGCUGUCCAGGCCAUGCAGCAUGUUGUAUGGUCAGGCACGCUGCUGACAGCAUUGCAGUUUGCGGAUCCAGCCACCUUCCGUGACGCAACCAUCACUGUCGCACAGGACGCCGCCGCCGUCGCAGACUCGACAACCCCGGCCACCGGCACAAGUGCACCGGCAUCUACCACAUCCACCAUUGCAGCGACGACGACGACAACGACAACGUCAGCGACAACGGAGGAGCCGGUGAUCGUGUAUCGUGGACUGGACACGCAGGUCAUUGUGUCUGGUUUGCUGUUCAACACGGAGUACACGUUUGUGGUUGCCGCAAGCAACGGUGCUGGCAGUGUGUUCAGCGAUCCCACCAGCGUGCACACCGUGGACGGCCCACCGUCUGGUGUUGCCGCGCCGACUGUGGCCCAGGACACGCCAACAUCUGUCCGCGUGGUGAUUUCAGCGCCAGACAUGCCAAACGGAGACGGCGUUUCCUACAGCGUGCUUGUGGAUGGCUCUGCGUCUGCCGACGCCAGCGAGGCGGGCGAGGUCGUGGUCAAUGGCCUCCAGCCCUUCACCACGUACACUGUUGCCGUGCAAGCGUGCACGACUGGCGGCUGCACAACCAGCAGCGCCGUGAGCAUUCGCACGUUGUCAGAUGCCCCUGCUGACCUUGAUGCCCCAAGUGUGACGGCAACGUCGUCGUCGUCGCUCGUCGUGACCUGGAUGGCGCCCGGAAAGCCCAACGGCAUGUUGUUGGACUACAAGGUGUGGCUGCGAGAACUCGAGCAGUGCAGCAUUGCCGAGUACCGCGAGGAAAAUGGGUAUGUGGUGCAAUCGGAGGCAGGCCUGCCCACGCGCGACAACGACGGGCUGUCCUGUCGCUUCGUCACGUGUCCUCUUGGCCUGAGCGCCUGCGGGCUGACCUGCUACGAUCCGUUCAACGAGGCGUGCUGCGAUGGUCAGGUGCACGACCGGCAGUCUGGCCACGAGUGCUGCGGCACCAACUACGUUGCAAGCGAUGGCUCCGGUGACACCACUUGCUGUGGCGGCCAGCUUGUGCCCACACGCGCCGGGUUUGGCUGCUGCGCUAGCCGCUACGUUUCCAUGGGUGCCGACCAGGUGUGCUGUGAAGGCCAGGUGCAGACUGGCAACGAGUGCUGUGGCGACAUUGGCUUUGUCAACACGCCGGAGCAGCCACGCAUCUGCUGUGGCGGACAGGUCUUUGACAGCUUCAGCAACCGCCAGUGCUGUGGUGGUUCCAUUGUCUCGUCUCAGCUCGUUUGCUGCGGCGGCCUCGAUACCGGCAUCGCCCACGACCCAAUGGAAGAGUUUGCGUGCUGUGGAACAGAUUAUGUGCACGGACCAACGAGCACAUGCUGCGGUGAAGGCGCUGAUGCUCAGGCGUUCACGUACGGCACCGCAGAGGAGAAGUCGCAAGAUUCGCGAACAUGCUGCGCCAACGACCUCAUCGCUCAGUCACAGGAGUGCUGUAAUGGCCGCGCGUAUGAUCCCACGACCGAGACAUGCGCAGACCGAACGUCUUCGUCCAGCAGCACGAUUCGCGAGUGCUCAGCGGGAACCGUGUGCUCUGGCGCCGGCAGCGACGGCGCCGUGUGUGGCAGCUGCGACUUUGACAACACCCAGCAGUCGUGCUUCGCGGUCGACGUGACCCAGGCGCUGGCUGAUGCCGCGCAGCACCCAGACCGCACGCUUGUUGUGCCGCCACAGGAGGAGAGCCAGUGCAUGUAUGUGCUGUGCGGGCUCGACGAGAGCGUGUGUGGCGCAACGUGCUUUGGCCCAGACGAGGUGUGCUGCAGUGGGAAAGUGUACCAGCGCGACAGCUCCCGUCGCUGCUGUGGCACCAGCUACCUCCCGCGAACAAGUGGCGACGUGUGCUGUGGGAACGCCCUGUAUCCGUCACAGCCCGGCCACGCCUGCUGUGGCAGCCGCUACGUCGACAUCCCCGAUGGCAGCGUGUGCUGUGACGGGCUUGUGCUGGAUGGUGACUCGUGCUGCGGCGCCGAGGGCUACUAUGCCGUAGACGUGGGCGAUUCAAUGAAGUGCUGUGGCGGACAGCUGCUUGAGACCACAAGCGGUAUCCAGCAGUCGUGCUGUGGCAGCGGUUUGAUCGUGUCGGGCGAGGUGUGCUGCGAGGGCGUGUCGUACGAGCAACAAGACGGGUACGCGUGCUGUGGAUCCGCGUACGUGCGCGAGGACAGCAGUCUCUGCUGCAAGGCAGCGGAUGGCGCUAUUGUGGUGCACGAUUACAGCAGCGCAUCGGCCAAGGCGCUCGCGGGCGAGGUGUGCUGUGGCACCAGCGCCAUCCCAAGCCACCUUGGCUGCUGCAACGGCGAGCCAUUCGACGAGACGGAGUACGUGUGCGCGGACCGCAGCAGCGGCUCUCGCUCAUCCUGCGCUGCCGGCCGCCUGUGUCCCGUCAGCCAGGCAGACUCUGCGUACUGUGAUUCGUGCUCGUUUGACACGGCCGCGAGCGUGUGCGGCGUUGCGGUUGGCGUGCCGUUCACGCCGGAGUGCAGCGCCACGCCCUCCCUCGCGUACGCGGGCCCGGGCUUCACGGCGACGGUGAACGACCUGAAGGAGGACACGCGUUACGAGGCCCAGGUCGAGGCAGCAACCAUCGGUGGCGUGGCUCGAAGCGGGUGGACGCCCGCAAGCACGCUUUCCGGCGAGCUUCCUGCGCCACGCUUGCUCGUGCUGGGCAACAGCAGCAUCCUCGUGUCAUGGGACGACGCACCCACGGAGUUUGGUGUUGUGCAGCGGUAUGAGCUUUACCGCGACGGCACCGUGCUCGUGUUCUCUGGCCUGUCCACCGUGUUUGAGGACACAGGCCUGGUCCCCGGCACCAUGCACACGUACGAGUACGUCGCUGUGUCUGAGUUGACGACGACGCGCUCGCGCACAGCCAACGCGACCACGUUCACCUCUGUACCCGCGGGCUUCAGCGCCCCAACGUGCACUGCGCUCGGUGCAACCAGCGUGCAGGUGCAGUGGACAGAGCCUUUGCAGCCCAACGGCAUUAUUCUGCAGUACAUUCUGCAGCGUGGUGACUCCCCAGACACGCGCACCAACGUGCAGCUGAGCCUGGCGGAGGUGGUGCAGGGCCUGGAACCGGCGACCGCCUACACGUUCCGCGUGUUUGCCUGCACCGAGACGGGCUGCAAAGGCUCACCGCCUUGUUCCGCGACAACAGAUGAGGCUGCACCAACAGGCAUGCGCGCCCCCACCACGGAGCUGGCCGGCGGCACGCAGUUGACGGUGCAGUGGCUGCCACCGCUUCAGCCAAACGGCGUGAUUACCAGCUAUCUCGUGCAGACGCGCCCUGUUGCGGCCGGCGCGAGCGUCACGUUUACGACCGCAGCCACCCUCGACCCCAGCAUGUCGACAUCCUUGGAAGCAAGCGUGAUCCUCCUCUCAAACGUGGAGUAUGCCAUUCGCGUCGUUGCUGUCAACUCGGCCGGGAACGCCACCAGCCCUGCUGUGCUGGAGCCAAAGCCCCCCGUGUCUGUCAGCGCGCCUGUUGUUGUUCCGCCCGUGCUUGCCAACGAGGUAACACUGGCCUGGGCCGAGGUGACCACGUUUGUGUCAUACUACGCCGUGGUGCUGAAGGAAGCGAGCGCACCCGACAGCGCGUACACGCUGGCGCACAUUGGCACAGAGGCGCGUGCAACCAUCAACAACCUGCAGGCGGGACGCACGUACUCGGCGGUUGUCGUCGCCGGCAACGCCGCUGGCAACACCAGCAGCAGCGCCACCACCUUCACCACCGCAGCACAGGUACUGCCGCCGGAGCAGUUUGCGCAGCCCACGGCGACGGCAACGUCAUCCACAUCGGCCGUCAUCACCUGGACCGCGCCGCUCGUGCCCAACGGGGAGAUUCUGGAGUACAGGCUGCUUCGGUCUGGCCCCUUUGACGCGGAUCAGGACUACGACGCGGCAACGACAGACCCGGCGAGCGCUGGCGAGCUCAUUCACCAAGGGCUGGGGCGGUUUGUGACGGAUGAAUCGCUGCAGCCGUACUCGCGCUACUUCUACGCCGUAUUGGCCGUGAACGCAGGUGGCGCCACGCGUGGGACAUCAUCAUCUGACAGUAGCGUCGAUCACGCCGUGCUCACCACGCUUGCGACGCUUGCAUCGGGGCUGUCGCCGCCAUCGCUCCAGCCGAACAACGAGGCGCUGCUCGCGUCGUGGGUUGCCCCAGAACGGCUCAACGGGGAGCUGGGUGCGUAUGUGCUUGAGGGGCGCGAAGUGCAGGAGCCUGCACUGCAGCCCGUGGUGUUGUAUGAGGGUGAGAACACUUGGUUCAACGUGACGGGGCUGAAGGUGUUCACCACCUACCAGUUGCGUGUGAACGUGCGCAACUCCGUGGGCACGGCGGUUGGGCCGUGGGCGAGCGCAACGACGUGUGGCGGCACGCCACUCGGUGUUGCUCAGCCGAGUGUGACGUCCCGCUCGCCAACAGCCAUCCAGCUCACUUGGCCGGCCCCAACAGCCCUGAACGGCGUUCUCGUGUCAUACAAUCUCAUGCGGGAUGGCCAGAUUGCGGCUCAAGUGCAGACGCGCUCAUUCCUGGUGGAAAACCUGACGCCAUACACGGAAUACACCUUUGCAGUGGAGACAUGCGUGCGUGAUCCCUGCGACAACGAGGAGCUGUGUGCGACCGGCCCCGCCUUGACGACACGAUCAGGAGAAGGUUUGCCGACUGGGCUUGCUGCGCCGACGCUGGAGGUGCUUGGUGCGUCUUCCAUUCACGUGUCGUGGUCGCCACCAAGCAGCGCGAAUGGCGUCAUUCAGCAGUACCAGGUCCUCCGCGGUGAAGUCGUCGUCUACACGGGCAUCGCUCUCGAGUACAUGGACACGAGCCUUGAGCCGAAUGUCAUGUACACCUACCGAGUGCGAGCCACAAACGGCUUUGGGUCCGUGACAUCGGCUCAACGCGCAGCAAUGACGUUGAUUGGAACACCAGCAAACAUCUCAGCGCCGGUGGUCACCGUGCAGUCGGACACGUCCGCCCUCGUCUGCUGGUCGCCACCAGGGACCCCGAAUGGCGUGAUUACAAACUACAUCAUUGUGCUGGACGGAGAAGAUUUGCCGCAAGGCCUGGCCGAAUGCGCGCCGCUCUCGGGCUUGACAGCAAAUACGGAGUACAGUGUUCAGAUCAAGGCGUGCACCAACCAAGGCUGCGGCAUCUCCCCUGUCACGACGUUUGUGACGCGUUGCACAACACCAGCAAGCAACAGCCCAGAUACCAUCACCCCAGGCACUACAAAGGUGACACUGUCAUGGACGCCACCGACUCAGCCGUCGUGUGCGGUGCUGCGCUACAUUGUCUUCUACGGCCGUGACGAGACGGAUCCGUCCACCAUCAGUGUGGUGGACGUCGGCACCAACACAUCCGUCACCAUUGGCGGGCUGCUGCCGUACACGCGCUACUCGUUCCAGCUGCAAGUGAGCAACGAACGCGGGUCGGUGAAAGGUGCCUGGGUGGCAACGCGGACACUGGAGGGCAUCCCACGCGAUGUGCCUGCGCCAGGCUUCAUCAUCAGGUCCGCCACCCAGCUCAUCGUGGUGUGGAACGUGACCUCCGUGCCAGGUGGUCCCAUCACCGAGCACGUGCUGUACCAGGAUGGCGCACGCGUUGGCACGUUCCAGACGCCGCUGUACGAGGCGGACGAUCUCACGCCGUUCCAGGAGUACACGUUCCAAGUGGAAACAUGCACCGUCUCUGGGUGCACCCGCAGUGAGGAGGCCAUGAUCCGCAUGCCCGAAGCAGCGCCUGAGGGGCAGGGUCAGCCCGCGGUGGACAACGUGCUUGCCCGCUCCUUCCACGUGGCGUGGUCCCCACCGCUCAACCCUUACGGCAUCGUCACUGCCUAUCAAGUCUAUGUGCGCGCGUGUGAGCUGGCAAGCAGCUGCACAUCUCAAGCACAGCUCAUGGCGACGGUGAAUGGCACAGCAACAGAUACUACCAUCACAGGGCUGACGCCUUACACCAUCUACCAAGUCCAAGUGUCGGCCAGCAACAGCCAGGGCGUCGCUGCGUCGUCGUUUACCACCAUCACCGUCGCUGACGGGCAACCGCAACUUCUGCGGACAAAGGAAGACGUGCCAGAGGUGGUUGGACCGCUCACGUGCACUGUUGACGCGCAGCUAGAGGUCGCGUGCAACUGGGAUCAGGCGUUUGAAGCAAACGGCAUCCUGCUCGAGUUUGAAGUGACGGUGCGCGACCGUUCCCGCAACGACGACAUUGUCUCGUCUGACUUUGUGGCCGCGGACAAGCGUGAUUUCUCCUUCUUUGGGAGGGCAACGACGUACCUUGUGGAGGUGACAGCGGUCAACUCCGUUGGCGUUGCCACUGCAACACAAGUCGUGGUGGCUGCGCCCAGCACCACGACGACAACCACCACCGCUGUCAACUCGACCGUGGUACCCGUUGCAGCAAGCGGGUCCGACCUGACGGCCGGCGGCAUUGCUGGCGUUGCCGCUGCGGGCGGCGUGCUGCUGCUGCUCAUCAUCAUCGUGCUUGUGCAACGCAGCACGCGCUCUCGCGUGCACGAGAUGUCCACUGUGCCGACAGAGGACAAGGGCAAGCAGUUCUGGCAAGUCGAGGAGGAGCUGGUGGAGCUGCGCCCGAAGGAGCGUGCCAGGCCACUCGUGUCCCCGCGCCAGCGCGCAACGCACUAUUUCUACGAGAACCCGCACGCCCGCCCGGACUCCCGCACGUGGCGCGAUGAGUACAGCGAGAGCGAGGCAGACAGCUACUCGCUCGGCGGGCCCGGUGCCCCUGGUCAGCCCAUGGGCGGAUAUCCGCUUCGCCGCCGUACGUCGUCCUUGCACGGGCUCCUGCACAACCAGCACGUGCAGGUGGUUGGCCAACGCCAGCUCGACACGCCGCGCAGCAUGCAGAGCGAAGGGCCGGCGGAGUCGCCGCACCCAGCCAGCAGCCGGGGCGCAGGUGCCCAUGGUGCGUGGACCAUCCCACCUGCUGACAUGGCCCCGCAGCACCAGCACCAGCACCAGCAACGCAACCCAUACCAGCAACAACACCAGCAACAGCCGCCACCGCCACCACAGUUCCAGUCGUCCCCGCCGCCGCCACCGGCCAAUGACGACUUUGCUGAUUUGCGGGCCAUGUUGCAGGAGCAACAGCGCGUCAUGCAGCAGUACGCUGCGCGGUCGCUUGAGCAAGCAAACAUGUCUCUUCACAGCCAAUCCCCAUCGUCGUCUUCUCAGCAACAACAACACCCACAGUAUCAACAACAGCAGCACCCACACCGUGAUGUGUCAUUCAAUGAUGCUGGCGUUGCGCCAACCCAUCCGGACAGCGGGUACCUGCAGAUUGCGCCUGUGCCUGCAAGCCACGUCGAUGAGCCAGACACCAUGGAGAUGCGACAGGUGAAUCAAGAUGCAGUUUCCCGUGCGGACUCAGAGGCACCGCUUGUGUUCACCGAAGCUCCAACAACCCUCGACUACACCCAGCACGAGGAAGACACGUGGCUGUAAACGAAUGGCUGGGUGUAUGUGUAUGUGUAUGUGUAUGUGCAUGUGUAUGUGUACGUGUAUGUGUAUGUGUUGGAGGAAAGGGUGAGGUGUGUGAAGAAAAGCAAGGGGUUGUAUCUGAACGUGUGUGUGUGUGUGUGUGUGUGUGUGUGUGUGUGUGUGUGUGUGUGUGUGUGUGUG